CUAACAAAUAUCUCCUCUACGUUCACUGGCAAUCUUUUAAAACAACAACUGAGAUGUGAGUUAAAAAUACUCAACGCGAAAAAACGCCACCGCGAAGAUCCUUACUCGACAAGGACGAUAGACCAUGACAAGCUAUGAGAGUAGAAUAUUUGAUAACAUUAGCCUUCCUAACGGCUUAUUCUGUGUUUGGGAUAUCUCAUGGCCAAUACUACUAUAGGUAUAACUAUCGACCUAGGAGUUAUUUAGACUUUCGUAGAGUUGCAUCGCGCCCAAACCCGAAUCGAUAUUUCUCGUCCACAUCCAAGUACGUUUUGUCUCCGGGCUGGUACCGUAGCAGACAAGACUUUUGGAAAGCACGAAAAAAGAUGUAUGGUUACCAAGAUGGGAUGGAAAGUACCAUGAUAUCAACUACCGAGUCUCCCAGCAUGACAACGAACCCCUACCCUCCCCAGGACGGUAUAGCAGUGGUCAGYUCUGACCAAUCCUUCCCCUCGACCAUGCAAUCACCUGUCUCUCAAGAGCCGGUCCAGCAGCCCUACAUACCGGGGUACCCUGAAUCUAGUGUCAUAGAAACCCAGCCUACAACUCAAGACCUAUCCUCAUUAUCAUCUGCCAUGUCAGUUCCAAUGACACCUGCCAAUCAAGGUGUAACAUCUACAGUAGCAACUCCUGCGCCUGUGCAAUCCCUUGCCGUGCAGUCUAUACAACAACAGACCACGGCAAGCCCUCAGACUAUGCAGUUUGGGGUGACAAAGUUUUCAAAGCCUCAAUCACACCUGCUUCCUUCAUCAUCAUCGGGUUCAAAGCUGGUUACUAAUGCUGAGUUCAAAGAGCACAACUCAUCGCGCAUAUGUAAUCCUGGCCCUCCCUUACGACCAAACCCGAGGUUAAAGAACUGCCUUGUCAUAGGAGACUCUAUUGCUUUGGGAUAUCUAAAACACGUCAAGUUUCUACUCAGCAACAUAUGCCAAGUCCAACAUGCCCCUUUUGCCCGUGGUUCAGGUGCGAUGGAUUCGCGCCAUGGAUUAAAAUGCCUCCCUCUUUUUCUGAAAACUACUGCCAUGGAGCCAACCAGCUACGACGCCAUAUUGUUCAACUUUGGCAUGCACGACAUUGACUACAGCAAACGCUUUCCUGAGGAACAUGUUCCUUUCGAGGAAUACAAGGACAAUUUACUCAAACUAAAGGAAUCUUUCUUGAAGACUGGAGCAAAGGUGGCAUUCGCUCUCACCACACCGUUCCCUAGCGACAAGAAAAGAAACGAUCGAAUAGAAAAGUUCAAUGCAGAGGCGGUGAGGAUCAUGGAGGGUGGUCAUCGCAUACCAGUCGUCGAUCUUUACACCCUGGUGGUUAAAAAAUGCGGGAAACCAACCUACGACUCUUGUUCAAUCAUGAAGGGACCACGUGACGUGCAUUAUAACGAGGAAGGGAACCAACUGCUUGGAGUCAGGGUGGCUGCGACAUUCGCUACACUUCUCGAACAACUACCUCAGAAAAAACGUCCUUCUCCCCGCAAAGAAAUCGUUCGACGAUACUUUGAAAAAAGAGGCUACCGUGACUUCUACACCCCAGAUGACGCAAUCACGUGCCCUGAUGCAGUCACCCGCUGUCCAUUAGGAUCAACGUGCUGCGAGAGCUUGAUCUCCUUGACAGGAUAUGGAUGCUGCAUGUUUCCAAAUGCUGUCAAUUGCCCUGACAACUGGCACUGCUGUCCAAGUGGAUCCACAUGUUCGCCUACUUGUACCGUACGUGAAUGUAAAUGCAUUACUUACACUGCGUACAAUAAUGGAACGACCAUUAGUCAUGAAUCAAAGGCCAACAAAGCAAAAUACCUUGCGGAAAAUAACUUAUUGAACAGUGGAACUGGGGGACCCUUAGGCAAGAACUUCAAGCCCAUCACUGAUCCACUUUUAAGAGUUUUGAAGAAGUUAGCUAGCGCACACAAAACAAGUCCACUCCAUCCAAAGAAAAAUGCCCAGAUGUGGAGAAAGAAACUUUUUGAGUCGAAGGGUAAACUUCAGUUUACCAAUGUGAAGUCCAGAAAGUCGAAAGCAAGAAAAACGAAACAUAAGACUACUGUUAGUCGGUUUAAAUCAAAACAACAUUCGAUUAAUGUGGAGUUAGGCCAUUUGAUAGAGCAUCACCAUAAACACAACUACAAGGACCUAAACAUUUUUCUCAAAAAGGGAAUGAAACCUAAAGUAAGAGCCUCUACUCGCCUUAAAAGUAAGAACAAACAUUCUCGCUUAAAGAACAAGAAUUCCAGGUACAAAUCAACGCCAAGAAAACUAGCUAAACCUGUUGUUCAUCAGAAGGCAAAAUUGCACCAUCAGAAAAAAAAUCGUCAGAAAAUGCUGAACAAAAAACAACAUUUUCAUAAUAGUUCGCAUCACAAGCUUCAAACUCAUCAUAAUUCUUCACAUUCACUUCAUGAAGGAGGAAAAGUAAGUCUAAAUGAUGCCAAAAAUGUCCCUUCCAAAUCUCAUGUUGAUCAUGAGCAUCAAUGGAAUGCUGGCAAAGCCAAUGAAAGUCUACGUAACGCAGUUAAUCAUAGCGCAGCCAAUCAGAGUCUCCAUAAAUUAGCGAAUCACAGUCAGUCUUUUAGAGUUAAAUUUGUCGCAGACAAGAACAAAUUAAAGAAGGACUCUAUUAAUACUUCAUAUGUUUUUAAGCUGGAAACUGACGAGACUAACCAAGGGAAAAAGAAUGUUAGCGAGAAAAGCCAUCAAAGACCUUUCCAUGAACAUCAUAGUUUCAAAGAUGAUCAUAUAUUCUCAGGUGGCGCGGAUUCAGGGUCUGCUGAGGGCAGUGGAUUGCGUGACAUUAGUAACGAUGAUUUACAUGAAGAAUAUGUGUCAGGUAGUGGAAUACGUGACAAUGAUCCCAGUCCUAUCAACCCAUAUCUUGACAAAGACUUGAAAGACAGUAAUCUAAUACCACAGCACUCCAGAUCCACUAUACAGUCUUCCAAGAAAUCCGCACAAAACAAACCAAGCGAAAACGAAUAUUCGACGAGUGCAACGUCUGGGAGUGAGACUUCUCUUCUAAAUGUUCUGAUAUCUGAUUCUCAAGGAGAGAAUAACGCAAUGCGUGAUGACCUUAACCCAAGUGGUGAUGGUCACGCAACACGUGGAUCAUCCGAGGACCGUGACAUGAGUAGUGGAUCGGGAGAAUCCCUUGAUCAGACAUUAGGCGAGAAGGUAGAGGAUGACGAUGACCAUGGAUUUGACUUGAUGUCGAGUGCUUUGAUCCAUAACGACGGUGCAAAUAACGAAGUCAUCAAAGACGAACAAAACGCCGAAACGCGUCAGGACGUUUCAGGUAGUAACAUGAAUGGUCGACUCGCAGGUACUGUUAAGAAAACCACAAUACAAGUAAAAGUGGAUAAAGGAAAGUCAUCUUUGAUUACUGAAGAAAGUAGUGACGAGGAUGACAAGGAUGACGACAUUACAGGCAAACAUGGUACAACAACUGAGUAUAAUGCCGACCAUGGCAUGAAUAAACCCCCUUUAGAAGACAAAGAAAGAGUUGAAGUUGACUUUGAUGACAACAAUAAUUUAAUUAGCCUUGAUAGUUUAUUGGAAGACAACUCAGGAUACAGCAAUGAAACGCAAUCGGAAGCACCCGCAGAGAUAUUGAGUUCGAGUACGCCUCUUGAAAGUCGAAAUAAUUCUCAAAAAAUGUUAUCAAUACGGCCUGAGUCUGAACCUGGUCUGAUGAACGAGCUACCUUUAGAAAGCCAAGUUUCUGGAUACCCAGAUAAUACACAGGCAUUAGAACGAAGCGCGAUAAAAAGUCCAAAAACAGGUUUGGUGGAGAACCCGGGCGAAGGUUCGGUAACUGAAAAUUCAACGCUAGAGACAACAGUGAUGAGGCAAAGGCCUAUUUUGAUGGAGAAUUCUGAGGAAAACUUAUCAAAUUUAUUGAUAAAAAACACAUCAAAAACGACAAAGACGAAGCUUGUCGAAGGUUACAAAAAUGAAUCAAGCGUAAAUAAUGCUAUAGUACCAACUCCAAAAAGUGAACAGCAUCCGUUUCAAAGAAAUGAUGAUGCAGUUAUGCAUGUCAAUCCCUCCAUUAAAUCUCACACCGGUAGAAAGCAUAAUCAGCUUUCAAAACCCCGGAAAGACAAUGCCACCAUUAAACUAAAAGAGGGUGAUGUCCAACGUGCAAACCUAAAUAAGAAAAACGAUUCUAAAAAGACUACUUCGAAAACUUUCGUUCACAAGCUGCCGAAAGUUAUGAAGGAUAACAACGUUAAACAUAGACAAAAGACUAUUGGAAAAAGUCAAGGACAUCAAAAAGAGAGCAAUAGUAGUAGAGGCUCUUCCAAAAAGGAUAAAACUUCGAAAAACGCGGCUAUAUCUUCAUCACAUGAAAAGAAAGGACUGAAAAAAUACGUAGACCAGAAGAAGUCUCCUCCACAGACGAAUAAGUUAGAGCGUAGUAGUAACGAUAACAGACAUUCGGUCAUAGGUGAAAGAGAUGAUAUAGGUAAUGAGAAUAUAGACGUUGAUCGGACAUCUGUGUCGGGAGGAGGGAGCGGAAGAGGUUUGCUAGAGGCAUAUUUGGCCACACCGUGAUGUAGGACGCUUUCGCGUGACGUCACAGCGGCCAUGUUAUUGUACCAAAACAAUACGUUUUUUAUCCUCGGGGGGAAUUGAAUUAUAUUUUUAUGCAAAAACUGUGCAGAAAGUUUCUAUUUUUGGUAUACCAAUAUGGUUGCCCUGUCACGUGAGUGAAAACGCUCUAUACCCAUUUCAAUAACGUUAGGCACCUUAAAAGCUACCGUUGAAAGAUGAGAAUGUCAUGGAUUAUGCAGGGUAGAUACAUUUACAUGUUUCAACCGUGCUUAUUAACAAGACUAGAGAUGGAUUUGAGAUGCUUUAAUUCAAGAGUUUCACUUCCUGCGAGCGUUCUCAAGAUGCAGUUCAGUCGUAUCAGAAGCCUUGAAAUGUAAUUUUCCAUCAUCCUCAGCAAUUUCAGCUUUCGAUGUUCUUUGUGACCAAUUUGAAUAACUAUUGUUCUGCACUGACUAGCCUCGUGUUCACGUGGAAACAUAAAAGCGUUUUCACAUGUAUGAGAGGCUAGUCAGUCGCUAGUCAGUGCAGAACAAUAGGUAUUCACAUUGGUCGCCAUAUUUUGAUUCGGUGAUAAGUACUUAACAAUAAAUUGUUUGAAUAAAUCAUGAAGCUUCGUAGGAAAGAUUUUUUGAUUUGCAAUUUAAGUGCAAGGUUCUGAAAGAUCGAUAGAAAACUAAUCUAACUCAAUAGUCGUAGAUAAAUAGCAAACAAUGCCUUAUAUAUUUUUGUUACGCUGUUGAUAUAUUUUUAUACACUGGUACUAAAGCUGGUCUUCUAGAAUUAACAGUUAGGUUUUUUAAACCGCAAAUCGAAUUUUAUUAUCAGUUUUUUUUCCAAUCUCUUUGUAAUAAUUUGUUAUAUGUAAACUUUAGAGUCAUCCGAUGAUCUGAUGUACCGUCAAUCUAGAACCCAGAAUCCUUAUUUCUUACUGCGCACGCUCGACGAAAUAAUUUUAUUUCGUCGAGCAUGCGCAGUAAGAAAUAAGGGCUCUAGGUACGAGAUUCAUAAUCAUGUAGUGUGAGAACGAAUCAUUAAACAAUGAGUUUGUAAUUUGA